UUCCAGUAACCGAAGCCCACAAAGAAUGGCAGGAGAAGAAUGUUUAUCUAAAGUAGCAAAAUUCCUUCAAGAAGGAAAGGCACUGAGAUCACUUUGGAAAGGCACACGAUUAGAAGAGCCUAAAUUAUCCGACAUAUUUACUUGGAUCAGCCACGAGCUGUUCCGAGACAUCGAACUGACGCCUAUUGCUCUACGACAUGCGAUACAAAAACAUCAUUUAACCGGCCGGAAAGAUAUAACAGAGGUCCUCAUAGACAUAUUUACCGGAUCUGGGCAGAACGAGAACAAGUUAGAAGAACUCCAAAAUCAAGUACUUGACCCACAGUACGACAAGGCAAAUUAUGUUAUAUAUUUCUAUUGUCUAGCAACGUUUAUUGACAUUGACAUUUAUGUCGUCAAUUCGGAGAGUAACAAUGAAUGCAAAUGGAACGAAUACAAGUCAUUGAAAUUACUGAAUAUUAAACAAGAAAUAGAUUACAGAAACAAGAUGUACAAGUUUGAUGUUAACAGAAAUAAACAACCCGGCUUCCUGAUGGCGUACAUGCACAUGGAUGCCAGCGGACUGCAUAUGUACAUAAUACGAUCACAAUCAAGCCAACCUCGGAGACCGGAAUGCAAAGGAAUGGUCGAGCUGGCGGCACGUCAAUUGAAAAGUACUCCACUAGUUGCGAUUACAGUUCCGCCCUCGUUGGUUGUUGAUGUUCAACAGAAUGUCGCUCAGAUACCAGAGAAGUGCAAGCGCAUCAGCUUGUGGGUAGAAGAAUUUUGGAAAGCAGUGUGACAAAUAUAUCAG